UGACUUUACGGUAAUUUUGCGCUUGGUGGAUGAUGGUCUGGGGAGCUUUUCUUGCGUCCAAAACUGUAGAUUCCAUUUUUUCCUGUCUGUUCGCGAGUUCGCUUCUCGCUGCUACUGCUGGUCGACGAGGGUAGACGACCGUCCGCUUUCCCGUGUAUCUCGUAAAGGAACACUCAUCCCGUUUUUUCUCCCAGGUUUGCACACGCCUCUUGCAUUUUCCUGGGCUUGAAUUUUGGGGCACCCAUUGUUUUUUGCCUGCAUGUUUGAAGCUCCUCUUCGACCAAACUCGAUUACUUCUGACGGCGGUCGGCCGAUUUGCCGCUGCCGCCACAGAAACUGCCGUCAAGUUUUUCAAGCCCAAGAGGGCGGACGAUUCCCCCGGGUUCCACAGGAGCUGCUUCAAAUCUGGAAAAGCGAGUCCAGCUGCAGAAAACGGUUUGUACCGAUUUGUGCAGCUAGCGUUACAGGCUCUUCCCCACGACUACCACUUCUUCCCCAUCACCGGAGAACAGUCACCGACGAAGGUCGCUGUGAAGCAAAUUCGGCGGUCAUUUCCUGUGGCGACAUUCUGCAGUGCUGUGAAUGUGUGUUGGGAACUAAAUUGUUUCGAUUUCGUCGAAUACGCUCCCUCCAUGACUCGAGGCGCCGCUCGUGCAAACUUCUCCCUGUGCAUUGCCUGGCUUGGGUCCACGACGGAGUUAAACCCCUCGCUGGUGUGAUGUGUCGUCGUUUGCCUACCUUGGCAUUUUAAACGUGAACCUACCAAGGCGACGUCCUGCUGUGGCAGCUCGUGGAAUUCCUGGAAGCCGCCCCAGCUUCGCUGUCCCGGGCUCCGCGACGGCACCAAGUGGAACUGGUGAAAAGCACCUUGUGCUGGACAGCUGGAACAGCGUGACAACGCGAGAUUUGAGGGCCGUGCUGAAGUGGUUUCUGCUCUGUGCGAAGAGGACAGCUUUUCCGAGAGGAAAGGAGCCGAAAUGGCGACGGGCUGUUCGCUGUUGAUCCGAAACCUCUGUUUCGAGACCUCGCCGGACAGAGUGCGUCAGAUUUUCGAGAAGUUCGGUCGCGUCCGGGAUGUCUACCUUCCUCUUGAUCACUUCACCAAGCGCCCAAGGGGAUUUGGCUUCGUUGAGUUCUACGAAGAGUCUACAGCGCAAGAGGCAAUGCGGGAGAUGGACAGAACGAUGAUCGACGGAAACGAAGUCCACGUCAUCAUCGCUCAAGACCGACGGAAGUCGCCGGAGACGAUGCGCCGUCAUCUGGAGCAGACAAGACGCGGAGGCGCACCCGACAGAGAUUUUCGCCGAAGGGAUGACUUUCGCGGCGGCCGGGGCUACGCGCGAGGAGACAUUCGAGAGGUCGACAUUCGCUAUGCAGAGGCGAAUGGGAUGCGUCCAGGCGACUGGGGACCUGGGGGAGGCAUGCGAGGGUAUCCUCCCGUGAGUCGUCGAAGCCGGUCGCCGCGUGCACGAGGAAGGAGGAGCCACUCUCGAGAAUACGACAGUUCUCGGUAUCGGCGCGACGGCUACGAUAGGCCACGAUAUGACAGAGGCCCUCACGACGGCUACUCCAGGUCAUACCGGGGGCGCUCCCGCUCUCGAUAAAUCGUCAAUUACACUCCUACUUCCUCUUUUCUUUGAGUGUUCCCUCGCCGUGUGUACGAUGUGUUUUCUUCGCUUUUUAACGUGGCAUGUUCCGUGCUGGACUCGUAACUUCGGAUGGAGGAGCUACUGUGUUUUGCCGCCUCUUUUCAUCCGGUUGACGUCUUGAGGCGGGCGUACACAGUAAAGUGACUGGCGACUCGCUACCAGAAAAGGUUCUUCUCUACUUCCUCCACGUCCAUUUUGUGUCGAAAGUGUAGGUUUGCCUGGUGGAGGCAGGCAUGUGUCAAGUAGAUGUAUGUUAUGUUCUCUGAACGACUGAGUCGUUGUAUUAUACACUGGA